UCUAUUCAUCUCUGACCUGUCUUUAUUUCGCUCUGCUUUUCUGUGUUAUUGCACGCUUGCUUUUACUGUUUCCUGUUUAAAUCGAUACAAUUAAGUGUCAAGUCUGCAUAUAGACCGGAUUUUGUCACGAUUAAAGAUGUUUAAAAGAGGUCAUUUCACAGACAGGAAUCUACAGAUAGCAUCUGAGAAACCUGAAAACUUCAAAGACAUUGGAAGUAGAUAUGAGUCCACAGACAAGACAAAAAGUGCAGAAAAUGAGUUUUUACAAACUUUUGAGAAUAUUUUGGGCAAAAAGGCCAAUGAAGAGUUUGACGAUACAACCAAAGGACAAACAAGUAAUCCAAUCAUUGAACUCUCAGAAUUAAAAACCAGCACGGACUUUGCCAGGUCAAACAAGAAGAGGCCAGACCAUAUGAACAGACGCAGUAAGAGUGAUCUUACUCAAGAGCUUGAGAAAGCUGUGGCACAAAGAGCUAAAACAAUCGACAUACAAACGGAUAACAAAGACAAGAAACUUCCAGAUAAGGUAAUAAGACCUGUGACUAUGAAUGAAAAUAAGGUCCAUGACAAUGGGGUACAUAUGAGCUCAAAUGGUUCGAUAGAUACAAUAAAGAGACAAAAAGGUUAUGCUGAGCUUUGUGAUGAGUUACAGAAAAAAUUGACUGAAAGAGCCAACUUAAUAGAAGAAGAUGAAACAAACGGAAAGUCACAUAUUGGAGGACCGACGCCAACAGAUCAGAAAACUGUUACGCCAACCGAUCAGAAAACUGUGAUGCCAACCGAUCAGAAGACUGUGACGUCAUCAGAUCAGAAAACUGUGACGCAAACAAAGCAGAAAACUGUGACGCAAACAGAGCAGAAAACCGUGACGCCAACAGAUCAGAAAAUUGCGACGUCUUCAGAUCAGAAACCUGUGACGCAAACAGAGCAGAAAACUGUGACGCCAACCGAUCAGAAAACUGCGACGCCAACCGAUCAGAAGACUGUGACGUCAUCACAUCAGAAAACUGUGACGCAAACAAAGCAGAAAACUGUGACUCAAACAGAGAAGAAAACCGUGACGCUAACCGAUCAGAAAACCGCGACGCCAACCGAUCAGAAGACUGUGACGUCAUCAGAUCAGAAAACUGUGACGCAAACAAAGCAGAAAACUGUGAUGCAAACAGAUCAGAAAACCGUGACGCCAACAAAUCAGAAAAUUGCGACGUCUUCAGAUCAGAAGACUGUGACGUCAUCAGAUCAGAAAAAUGUGACGCAAACAAAGCAGAAAACUGUGACGAAAACAGAGCAGAAAACCGUGACGCCAACCGAUCAGAAGACUGUGACGUCUUCAGAUCAGAAAACUGUGGCGCAAACAGAGCAGAAAACUGCGACGCCAACAGAUCAGAAAACUGUGACGCAAACAGAUCAGAAAACUGAAAAUGAUUCUACUAUAUCAGAUAAGACAAUUCCGAUUAGACGAACAAAGUCAUUGGAUGGUGUCAAAACUCCAAUACAGAAAGAUGAUAAGGCUUCCACUCCCACGAAGGGAACUAAGAAUAGAUGGAGCUAUACUGAUGGUACAUGGAUCAAGAAAGAAGUACAUGUAAAAGACGAUUCUGUUGAUCAACAAGCGGCUCUUGAAAUUAAACAGGUGACAGAGUUGAAGGAAGAUUCUAUUGAUAUAAAGAAACAAGAAGAGGAGCAAAGGAAAGAUGAAAAGGAAAAGGAGAAAAACAGUGAGAAAGUAGAAGUGAAGAAUGAGAAAAAUAAGAGCCGAGGAGAGAGUCAACGCAGAAAAUGCCUUGAUGUCAAAGAUCUAGAGAAAGCUCUGGCCAAUCAAAAAAAGGCAGAUACAACCAACGAACAAACAAAUACAAAAGAUUCAAAACUUUCAAGUCAGAAAACCGAACAUGUUGCUGAUGUGGUAUAUGAGGUACCGGAAUGUACACCAAGCAAGCAAGAUGAGACUGGUUUUAAUGAUCAACAAACGGCACCUAAAAUUAAUCAAGUUGAUCAACCAGGAGGAAAAACAUACCAUGAUGUAAACAAUUCACCGGGAAAGGUAACAGGUUGUACAUCAGCCUACCAAGAUUUUGUCGAUGAGAGAAAAACGGCACCUGAAAUUGAUCAGUUGCCAGAAGAGAAAACUGAGUCUGCAGUGAUUGAUUCAGUGAAGGAAAUGAGGUGUAAGUGGAGCAAGGAAGUAAAAGGCAAUUCUAGGAAUCAACAGCAGAUACCUGACAUUAGACAGGUGCCUGGGAAGAAAACAGACUUUAAUGAUGAUAAUAAGCCUGGAAAGGCAGAUGUGCCUCAAAAUAAGCCGACUUUACCCCCAAAGCCAAAGGACCUUCUUCUGGAAAUAGAAGAAGACGGUGCAGAUUCAGACGGAUAUUCUACAAUUGAUAGAAUGAGCUCCGUUUCCCAGAAUGAGUCAGGUGUUUUCGAGUCUUCAUCGGGAUCGUCAGAUAUUGAUCACUCUAGAAUUGAGUAUAUGUUAGACGUAUAUAUGCAGUUCAUUAAGCAUCAGGUCAAAGUAACUGAUGUAAUUGAUCACCUGCAUUUCCUUAGCGACCGAGAAAAAGAUAUUGUUCUUAGUAAGCACAAUUUCUGUCAGUCUGAUGCAUUUGAGCUUCUAAUAGAAAUGAUUAAGAAGAAUGAGUUCAAAGGAAAGUGGCAGACAUUCCGAAACGCGCUUGAUAUUAAAGAGUUUCAGCACAUAAAACUUCUAAUUGAUGGGAAAACAGAGAUGGAUCAUACCUGUAAUAGGCGACUGCUUAAGCUUGUUAAGCCGGAGCUAGCGAAACGCAUAGAUGUGCAAAGUUUUCUUGACAUAGCUUUUGAAAAAGAGCUUUUGACAGAUGAUGACAAAUGUCUUGUGGAUGCGCAGUUGAGAGAACACGGGGAAAGUGCAGCAGUUGAAGUAAUAUUAGACAAGAUCCACACACAUAAAAAAGAUUGGAACACUAUACUAAUUGAAAUCCUUCAAAUGGAGAAAUUCUGCCUUGGAGACAUUGCUGAGCUAUUUAAAGAUAUUGAAAUGAAGGAACAAAAACCGUCAGCUAAAGGUACGAAGAAACGAACAAGAAAGGAUAUACGAAGCAAGAGCAAUAUCGAAAUGGACUGGCGCUAUCGAUACUUCAUGGAAUUCGACAACGUCUCUUUUAAGUUGUCAAUGCUCGGCAAUACCGAAGGCCAAAAUGGACCAACAAGUGAUGAUUUUAAAGAUCUUACGUUGGAGAUGAGGAAACUACGGGAAACAAUAGAGAAACUUGAUGAUUUUAAAGAUGAUUUUAAAGCUCAUAUGUUGGUAAUGAGGAAACUAUUGGAAACAAUAGAGAAACAAAUGCGAAUGUGAUUACAUUGAAGUAAUUUUGAAGGAAUGUUAGUCAACUAAGUGUAUGAUUCAUUUGUAAAUAAUCUUUCACAACGUAGUCCAAUAUAUGUAGUAUCUUAUUCUCGUUGCAUUUAUGAUGGUUAAGAAGUCUACUUAAGGAAGUCUGUAUUUAGGUGUAAGGUUGCAUUAUGUCUUUUUUCUAACAUACUAUGCACAGACUAGUUCUUUGUUUUGUAAAAUAGAUGAAUAGUGAGUUUGAUGUUAAUUGUAAAGAUACUCUUUAAAAAAGAGGGAAACCAUGUUAAAGUUUUGAUAUGGCCUAAAUUAUGAUAAUCAGAGUCAAGAACCAAGGUAUUUGAAUUUUAUAUUGCUUCUUACUUUUUAUACUUAUAUGAAUAUAUGAAAACAGUAGGACUUGUUUUAUCAAAAAAUUCAUAUAGUUUAUCAAUUUUGUUUUUGUUUUGUUUAGUGAAUUAUAACCAUGUUAUUUUCAUAGUCAUACAUUGUUUACCUUAUCGUAAAGUAAUAACAAAAUGUAUGCAAACUAUAUGUAUAUUUCAUGAUAUUGAUCGUUGCAUUUUUGAGACAUUGCAUUUUCAUCAUUCUAUUAUUUUUUGUACUUUUCAUAGCAUUUAUUGACGUUUAAGUUGAAAUUCAGGUCCACCGUUAUUAAACAAAAUUUGUUUGCUCCUGACCUUUGUUCUUGUGGAUUUAUCGUUGAUAAUAUGUUUACGUUUGUUAGUUAAAGUUAUGAUUUCAUCGUUCCUGCACAUUCUCAGCCCAAUGAUUCAUUUCAUUUCUUUACAUAGUGUUUCUGUUUCAGUUUAUUGCGAUGCCUUGUCGUUGCCAGGUUACUGUUCCAUGCCAAUUAAUAUAUUUACUUAUAUUAUGAUCUCGAUCUUAUCUAUGGUCAGCUUUGUUUGGUUGUCGUCUCCUUUUUCAUGUGUGUUACGACAGGUGUUUUUGUCAAGAUUUGUAUUAGUUUUUUAUUAUUUCUUGUAACAAUAUACUACCUCGAAAUGCAUCACAUUUUAUCCGACAAUCUUUUGGCCUAAAUAUGUAAAAUUGGUCCGUAGAACGAAUAAUUCAUUUAUUACAUAUGUGAGCCGAAUGACAUGAUAGGCUUUAUGACUUAAAAACGUAAAAAUGUGCUGUUACUUUAGGAGGAGAAUUGAUUCAAGACAUUACUAUGGGGAAAAACAUUAACUUCACAUUGUUAUUCACAUGAUAUGUUUUUACUUUGAAGGUUAUGAUUUCUUUAUCUCAGUCUUUGCUGAAUUCUAUUCAGUAUUUAGACUUUGUUUAGUAUUUGAAUGUUACUGUGUUUUGAAAUAAUCAUAAUUAAUCAUUGUACAUACGGGUUAAGUUUUUUAUUAUGAUAAGAUUUACCUGAUUUAUAGUUUAUUAAUGAGACAUAUGAGCCGCGUCACGACAAAACCAACAUAAUGGGUUUGCGACCAGCAUGGAUCCAGACC